AUGUCUGUUACUUUGUUGCUAUUAAACUGGGGUUAACUUUUAUUUGUAUCUUUUUUCUCUAGACCUGAUGGCACUGAAAAAAGAGAGUAAAGAACAUAAUGAAAUGCAAGAGAAAAAUCAGUGUGAGAAACAAUUUAAUAACUAGAGAAAAAUCUUUUAGUUGCUCACAGACUGAAAAGACUUCCUCACAAAAAAAAAACUCAAAGGAAAGGAACUAGAAGUUAUUUCUCCUGUCAACAGUGUGGAAAACGUUUCACCCAAAAAGGAACCUUAAUGUCCACAAGAGAGUUCACACUGGAGAGAAGCCUUUCAGCUGCCAACAGUGUGGAAAAAAUUUUACACAUAAAGGAACCCUUAAAACCCAUAUGAGAAGCCACACUGGAGAGAGUCCUUACACCUGCAAACUGUGCGGAAAGAGCUUCUCAAGAAAAAUAAGUUUUUAAGAUUCACAUGAGAAUUCACACUGGAGAGAAGCCAUACACAUGUGGUCAGUGUGGAAAGAGUUUUACACAUAAAGGAACCCUUAAUACACAUGUGAGAAGUCAUACUGGAGAGAGCCCUUUCACCUGCAAACUAUGUGGGAAGAGCUUCUCACGAAAACAAAGUUGUAAGACUCACAUGAGAAUUCACACUGGAGAGAAGCCUUACACAUGUGAUCAGUGUGGAAAGAGUUUUACGCAUAAAGGAACCCUUAAUGCACACAUGAGAACUCACACUAGAGAAAGCCCUUACACCUGUAAACUGUGUGGGAAAAGCUUCUCACGAAAAGAAAGUCUUAAGACUCACAUGAGAAUUCACACUGGUGAGAAGCCUUACAUCUGUCCUCAAUGUGGAAAGAGUUUUAUGCUUAAAAGAACGCUUCAUCGCCACAUAAGAACUCACCUUUGAUAAAGUCCUUUUACACAUGCAUUUGUGUAAAAAAUAUAUUCAUAUUUAAACAAGUUAUGAAGUAAAAUAUCUAGCUUCCACCAGACCGCCAUCCAUAUUCAAGUUACGAAGAAAGUGUAAAACUCUUGCAGUUCACAAAGCUUACACUAUGUCCUACACCUUCCCUAAUAAACUUACGGAAAAAACUGUAACUGACGUGAUUCCAAUUUACUUCGCAACUUGAAUAUGGAUUGCGGUCUGUCGGAAGCUAAAUAUUUUACUGCAUAACUUGUUCAAUAUUGUUAAAUUUUUAACACAAAUGCAUUGCUUCGAUUCAGAAGGCCUUUAUUAAGCUCCCUGGAGCU